GGAGGCCGGCGGCGCCCCGCUGCCGGGCCGCCCGCAGGUGAAGCUCGUGGGCAACAUGCACGGCGACGAGCCGCUGGCGCGGCCGCUGCUGCUGCGCCUGGCGCAGGAGCUGGUGCGCGGCUGGGCCGGCGGCGACGCGCGCAUCGGCCGCCUGCUCAACGGCACCGACCUCUACCUGCUGCCCAGCCUCAACCCCGACGGCUUCGAGCGCGCCCGCGAGGGCGACUGCGGCGGCGGCGCCGCGGGCGGCCGCGAGAACAGCCGCGGCCGCGACCUCAACCGCAGCUUCCCGGACCAGUUCGGCGCGGCGCGGCCCGACCUGGGCGCCGUGCCCGAGGUGCGCGCGCUCAUGGCCUGGAUGCGGCGCAACAAGUUUCUGCUCUCCGGCAAUCUUCAUGGGGGCUCAGUGGUUGCAAGCUACCCCUACGAUGACUCUCCCACGCAUAAGCCCACAGGAGUCUACAGCAAAUCCGCCGAUGAUGAAGUUUUCCGAUACCUGGCAAAAGCUUACGCGUCAAAUCAUCCUAUAAUGAGAACUGGCACCCCAAACUGCCCGGGCGAGGAGGGAGAGACUUUCCAGGAUGGCAUCACAAACGGUGCCCAGUGGUACGAUGUAGAAGGUGGGAUGCAGGAUUACAACUAUGUGUGGGCCGACUGCUUUGAGAUCACCCUGGAGCUGUCCUGCUGCAAAUACCCGCCAGCCUCCCAGCUUCAGCAGGAGUGGGAGAACAACCGGGAGUCUCUCCUUGCCUUCAUUGAGAAGGUCCAUAUCGGUGUGAAAGGCUUUGUCAGGGAUGUAGUCACCGGCUCUGGCUUGGAGAACGCGACCAUCGUCGUUGCUGGCAUUGCUCACAACAUCACGGCAGGCAGAUACGGCGACUACCACCGACUGCUUGUGCCCGGGACCUACAACGUGACCGCAGUGGUGAUGGGUUACAUCCCAAUGACCAUGGAGAACGUUGAGGUGAAGGAGGGAGAGGCAACAACAGUGGAUUUCUCCUUGCAACCAACUGUGAUGGCACCAGCUCCCAAUCUCACGCAGUUCACAGCAACGCCUGUUCCCGUCUCUACCGUCACGACUGCUCCUGUGCAGGCAGAGUCCCCCCAACCCACCUCUCUCCAUCAGCCAAUCCAGCCUGUGGACUUCCGCCACCAUCACUUCCCGGACAUGGAGAUCUUUCUACGGCGCUAUGCGAACGAGUACCCCAACAUAACCCGCCUCUACUCGGUGGGCAAGUCGGUGGAGCUGCGGGAGCUCUACGUGAUGGAGAUAUCGGACAACCCUGGCGUCCAUGAAGCAGGUGAGCCGGAGUUCAAGUACAUUGGUAACAUGCAUGGGAAUGAAGUGGUGGGGCGCGAGCUGCUCCUGAACCUCAUCGAGUACCUGUGCAAGAACUUUGGCACCGAUCCUGAGGUGACCGACUUGGUCCAGAGUACGCGCAUCCACAUCAUGCCGUCCAUGAAUCCCGACGGCUAUGAGAAAUCCCAGGAAGGAGACAAAGGAGGCACCAUUGGCAGGAACAACAGCAACAACUAUGACUUGAACCGGAACUUCCCAGAUCAGUUCGUGCAGGUGACGGAUCCUCUGCAACCAGAGACUCUUGCUGUCAUGAGCUGGUUAAGGACUUACCCGUUUGUCCUCUCAGCAAACCUGCAUGGAGGUUCUCUGGUGGUGAACUACCCCUUUGAUGAUGAUGAACAAGGAAUAGCCAUAUACAGUAAAUCCCCAGAUGAUGCCGUGUUUCAGCAGCUGGCACUGUCCUACUCCAAGGAAAACACGCAGAUGUAUCAAGGAAGCCCUUGUAAGGACAUGUACCCCACCGAGUACUUCCCACACGGCAUCACUAACGGGGCUCAGUGGUACAACGUCCCAGGUGGGAUGCAAGACUGGAAUUACUUAAACACGAACUGCUUUGAAGUGACUAUUGAGUUGGGCUGUGUGAAAUAUCCAAAAGCAGAGGAGCUGCCAAAAUACUGGGAGCAGAACCGCAGGUCUCUUCUCCAGUUCAUGAAACAGGUUCACCGCGGCAUCCACGGCUUCGUGCUGGACGCCACCGAUGGACGGGGCAUUCUCAACGCCACCAUCAGCGUUGCUGACAUCAAUCACCUGGUCACCACCUACAAGGACGGAGACUAUUGGCGCCUCUUGGUCCAGGGGACGUACAGAAUCACAGCAUCUGCUCGAGGGUAUGAGCCAGUAACUAAGACGGUGGAAGUUGACAGCAAAGGCGGGGUGCAGGUCAACUUCACCCUUACACGGACAGGCUCCAAAGCAGAGGCGGGGAAGGUGCCAGUCCUGAACACUCCGGACACCAGCGACCCCAACGAGAAGGAGUUUGAGAUGCUCAUCAAAGAUCUCUCUGCCGAGAAUGGGCUGGAGCGCCUCCUGCUAACCUCGUCAGGGGAUGUGUCCCCUUAUCGAUACCGCCCUUACAAGGACCUCUCCGAGUUCCUCCGCGGCCUCAACCUGAACUACCCCCACAUCACAAAUCUCACCAGUUUGGGGCAGAGUGUUGAGUUCCGUCAGCUGUGGUCCCUCGAAAUCUCCAACAAGCCCAACCAGUCGGAGCCGGAGAAGCCAAAGAUCCGCUUUGUUGCUGGAAUCCAUGGAAAUGCUCCUGUUGGUACCGAGCUGCUCCUGGCGCUGGCAGAAUUUCUCUGCAUGAACUACAAGAAGAACGCGGCGGUUACAAAGCUAAUUGACCGCACCCGGAUUGUGAUUGUGCCUUCCCUGAAUCCGGAUGGACGUGAGAUAGCACAGGAGAGAGACUGCACAUCCAAGAUAGGCCGGACCAACGCCCACGGCAGAGAUCUGGACACAGACUUCACAAGCAAUUAUUCCCGAUACCCAGGGACACGAGAGCCGGAGACCAAAGCCAUCAUCGAGAAUUUGAUACUGAAGCAGGAUUUCAGCCUGUCUGUUGCACUGGAUGGUGGAUCUCUGCUUGUCACUUACCCGUAUGAUGAGCCAGUGCAAACGGUGCAGAACAAAGAAACACUGAAGCAUCUGGCAUCCGUGUAUGCAAACAACCACCCAUUGAUGCAUUUAGGACAGCCGGGCUGUCCAAAUAAGUCAGAUGAAAAUAUUCCUGGAGGUGUGAUCCGUGGCGCUGAAUGGCACAGUCACCAGGGCAGUAUGAAGGAUUUCAGCGUUUCGUUUGGCCACUGCCCUGAGAUCACAGUUUAUACCAGCUGCUGUUACUUCCCGAGCGCAGGACAGCUCCCCGGCCUGUGGGCAGCCCACAGGAAGCCUCUGCUCAGCAUGCUCGUGGAGGUUCAUAAAGGAGUCCAUGGAUUUGUGCAGGACAAGAGUGGGAAGCCGAUUGCUAAAGCCACUGUUAUUUUUAAUGAGAGUUUGAAGGUCUGUACUAAAGAGGGAGGCUAUUUCCAUGUGCUCCUGGCUCCUGGUUUGCAUAACAUCGAUGCUAUAGCUGAUGGAUACCAGCAGAAGCGUGUCAAGGUUCUGGUACGCCACGACGCACCUAGCUCCGUAUUCAUCGUGUUUGACAUGGAUAACAAGAUAUUUGGCCUGCGAAGGGAGCUGGUUGUAACUGUUGCAGGUGCCAGUAUGUCUGCUCUGGUCCUCACCGCCUGCAUCAUCUGGUGUGUCUGCUCCAUCAAGUCCAACAGGCACAAGGACGGCUUCCACCGCCUCCGCCAGCACCACGACGAUUACGAGGACGAGAUCCGCAUGAUGUCCACUGGCUCCAAGAAGUCCCUCCUGAGCCACGAAUUCCAGGAUGAAACGGACACUGAAGAAGAAACAUUAUAUUCCAGCAAGCACUGACAUCUCCGAGAGCGCAAAGAUGCUCCGAGAGCAUCUCCCAGCCCUGGUGGGAGGGAGGAUUCCUGUGGUUCAAUUUUAGAACAUGAGCUUACAGGAUGUGUCCUCCAGAGGUGUGGGUGGCAGCUCCUGACUUUCCUCUGUUCUUUGCCGUAUUCCUGCCUGAGUGCAAGUCAGGCAGUGUUGGAGGCUGUGUCCAGCCUAAGGACAUGGCUUGUUGCAUUUUUAGGUCAAGAUCUGGAGAUACACGUAACGCAUACCUUUGAGAGGUAACGUAAUAGGAUGGCCAGCAGAGUUCCCAGCACUUCCCCACCAUCUCAUCACUGCCUUGAGAUGCUGGGGAAGUGUCUCCAGGCCUGCAUAGGGUCACAGUUACAAAACUCCAAAGCAGUUUCUCUACCUAUUUUGAAUUCUCUUUUUUCACUCUACCUGAUGAAGCCUCAUCCUACAUGGACUCCAAAUUCUGCAGAACAGCCCUAGGAAUCUGACUGCACCCAGUUCUCAGCUGCCCUCAGAGGUUUUUUCCACCUUCCCAUGCAGUGGCUUAAAGUGCUCUGCAGUGGGUGCUGAGCACCUCUAAUAUGUUGCUAGUUCUCCUGCAAUGACCUGGCAUCCUGAAAGCUGGGGGAAAUCACACAUAUUGAUAGGAGCUAGAGAAAGAAGCACAGGUCAGAGCUUCAGUGAACUCUGACAAAGCCCCGAAGCACUCCUAGUCCUUACUUCUGGGGAAGAAAGAAAUGCUGUCCCCAUCCCUUCUGGUGGUUCUCAUUGGUGCAGGCCUGGCCUUGGUGGCCUUGUGUUAGUGUUGGAGCAGCACAGUGUCCAAAAGAGCAACUGGAGGUUGUUUCAAGCAGAAGGAUAGAGCUGAUUAGGGUGAAUUCUGUAGAAAGCAACUAGUUACUGACUCUACCUGAUGAGUGUUGCUCAGGUCUGCCACAGUUCAUGGAGAAGCUCACUGAAAUCCAGCUACUACUUAAUUUUAUUGGAGUAGCUGUGAGAGGUGGUAGAGCCUCUAUCGCCCAACCUGAGCUGCAAAUUUGGAAGAAAAGCUGCAGUUCUUGCCCCUGCUUGGCUAUUACAGCUUAGUGGGCUGUUCAGGCCCGGGGGUGGUGGCUGUGCCCAGCUGCCACCAGCCUCUAGUGGCACAUGUGGCAAGAGCUCCAUCUGCUUGGGCUGGGCAGCCUCGCCGUGGGCAGGGCCUGA